AGGACAACGGCGCUGAGCCGUGGGACCUGCACGUCAAGAAUGGCGGCGGCCUUUUCGGAGCCAGCAGCAUCAACGUCGCGAGCUGGUUCGGCUGGUUCGGCACCUCAAGAGCCACAAGUGCCUCGUCCUACACGUCACGAACACGGUCCGCGUCGUACGUCCACUGGUUCUUGAUUUGGGUCCUCGUCCAGAUCUGCUGUUUCUUGGCGUGCCUGGUGGAGGAGGGCGUGCUCGCGCCGCUGUCCGCGCGCUGCCGGAGCCGGGGCGUCCCGUGCCCCCUGUGCGAGCCAGGCGGCUGCCCUUGAGCAGGGCAGCCGCCAGGCGGCUGCCCUCGAGCGCCUGUGGCUCGCACAGGCGGCCCCUGUGCGAGCCAGGCGGCAGCCGAGGGCAGCUCUAUUUCCCCCAGCCGGGGCAAACGCGCGCAUCAUCGUGACAUGACCGAGCACGCCCGCGGGUUCCUGUAGCUCCGCGAGGCACGCCCGACUCUCGGCAGCGCGCGGCCCAUGUGAUCAGGGGCGACCUACGUGACGCCGGCCCCGAAGAGUCCGCUCAGACUACCGAGCGCUCUGUGCCAGUGCCGCUGCCGCUUUUUUUGCUAUAGCCGCGCGCGGGCGCCCGGCCACGGCCGGCGGCCGGGCGCGCCUCGCCGCGGAGGCGCGCGGCGGCUCAGAGGAUGAGGGACCAGACGUGCCCGCGUCGUGAAGACACCUGGGCGCCUCGUUCUGGGCCGCUGUCGCCCCGGCGGACCGUCCAACAUCUCGACUCGGGGAUGGGAGACCGACCCCAGGGAGAGGGCUUGCCCACGCUUCUUAAAUUUGACCUUUCUUGAUCAUAAUUCUGGCUGUAAUUCGGUCUUCCUUUCGUCGCCCAGGACCUCGCCUAUAACAUGCGUGACGAUGGCAGGGUCAUGCUGCGAGGCAGCUCCGCCUGAGAUCUGGUGUCGCCGUAUUUUCGCACCUGGUGCUCUCGCCGAUUCCGAUCGUGAUGUUUCAUGAUGCUGCUUUUCCGCGGCGCCGGAUCUCAGAGACGGCGCCCCUGUCCUUUUUGGCUGCAGGUUUCAGUUAACGGCCUUGUCCAUGACACAUGUCUGCAAUCUUUGGGCGCCAGUGUGUGCAGCCCGAAGCGAUGGGGCCGGCGGAUUCUCCGCUCCCGCCCCCUUGCACCGCAAGAUGGUGUCAGAGCGAGCUUGUUCAGCAAGUACCUUGAGGCGGUGAGUGGCGCCACGAUUUUUCACGCACAAAGCUUGCGACACGUUUGAUUUAAUGGACGCAGGUUUCACUAGACUCGGUGAGUGCAGCCUGGCCCGCACAUUCAAAAUGCCCGCGAGGUCAUGAUUCGCUUUGACGCCCGAUUGCUCCG